GGAUCGGAGGGAGUAGUUAAAAUGUAUAUAAAUAAAAGUAAAUAAAGGACAAUGUAACUUUUUUUAGGCAUUAUAAAUGUAAAAAAUGUUAAUAUAACCGAAUUUUUGGGCAUGUGAAAAAAAAAAUUGAGAAAAAAAGGUUUGUUUUUGUUAUAUUUGCACACCCACCACCAAGUGGACUAAAAAGCAGUAGUAACAGAAACCAAGAAAUUCCCCCAAAAAAAUAAAAAUCCCAUAGAAAUUGGCCGAUUCUCUCCUUCAGUACGGAAAUCCCCCCUCUGAGAGAGAGAGAUAAUACAAUGAACAACGUACAACACCAUCAGCAGUUGCAGCAGCAGCAGCAGCAACAGCAGAAUCAAUUACAGUCUGGGCCCCAUCACCACCAGCCCCACCACCACCACCACCACCACCUGGAUGACGGCGAAGACGACGACGACGUUCACGGCGGCGCUGGGGAAGCAGAAUCCCUCGACAAUCAUCUGCAGAAUCCCCACUCCCAGAUCCGGUACGAUGCCAACUCCAAUUCGCACGCUUUCCAGAACGGCGGUGGGGCUCCCAACAUGGACAACCCCUUGAAUGGGGUUGAUGGCGUUGGGCCCCAUGGUUUGUAUGUCCCCGCCUCCGAUAUUGUUCCGGCUCCCUCCGGUGGCAGUGGCGCGGACCAGCUUACGCUGUCGUUUCAAGGGGAAGUCUACGUUUUCGACUCCGUUUCUCCCGAAAAGGUUCAAGCAGUUCUAUUGCUUUUGGGUGGAUAUGAGGUACCUUCUACCAUUCCUUCUGUUGGCAUGGCUCCCCAAAAUAACCACAAGGGUUUUGGUGAAUUGCCAGGUAGGUCAAGUCAGCCUCAACGGGUGGCUUCUUUAAAUCGCUUUAGAGAAAAAAGGAAAGAGCGAUGUUUUGAUAAGAAGAUCCGGUAUACUGUACGGAAGGAAGUUGCACUCAGGAUGCAGAGAAAGAAGGGUCAAUUUACAUCUUCGAAGUCAGUUUCUGAUGAAGCUGGAUCAUCUUCAUCCGAGUACAAUCCAAUGGCAGCAGCAGAAGAGUCAGAAACUACAUGUAGACAUUGUGGUAUUAGCUCAAAGUCUACUCCUAUGAUGCGUCGAGGACCUGCAGGUCCAAGGACACUGUGCAAUGCAUGUGGACUCAAGUGGGCGAACAAGGUCUGUUACAUUUGAUGCAUCUGUUAUAAUUUACAUUUACGGGAAACCAUGAUAUUUCUUCUACCUGUCUUUGAUUUUCCUCUGAAAACAUGCAUUCUUUUUCUUUAAGAGGCACCACAAGCCUGCUAUAUGCUAUUUGGACCGCACAAUUUAUGGAGUCAGUGAUUUUAGGCUACCUUGCUUUUUGUUUGUCACCUUGGACUAAUUGAGUGCAUAAGUAAUGUUUAAUCCCCUAGUAGCAGGGAGAAUAAUUCUAUGGAGUACAGGAGAGGAUUUACAUAUAAAAUCAACCAUUUUUGAGAUGACAGUGUUACAAAGAUGAACAACAGGGCUUCAAUUUAAAAUGGAUUGCAAUUCUUCACAUGAAGCUGUGAGAGAGUAUCACCUACUUCUUCCAUGUCCCAUGUUCUCUAUAUCAACUUCUGAGCUGAAGAAAUUUGCUGGCAUCUGCUCUAUCUUUGCAAAUUUCUGUCAAGUAGACUUGCUUGCAUGGAUUCUUCGACAAUGAUACAACUUAUUGUAAACUAACCAGCCAAAAACUUCCUUUACAUUCUUGUGGUUGCGAAUAGUUUUUGAGGGUGAAUUUAUGCAAGAACCUGCAUCGGAUGUGACUUUCAUAAAUCUUACAUCAGAGGCUUCUAUUAUGCAGGGAAUUCUAAGGGACCUUUCUAAAGUUUCCGCCACUGGGAUCCAGGAUCCCAUUGUCAAGGCUAUUGAACAGGUUUGUUCAUAUUCUUGUAACAACAAAAUCUGUCUAAAGUUUCAGUUCAAUUAACCUAUUCUCCCUUGUUUUCCUCCUUUGGUUUCUCCAUCUCCAUUGUUGUUUAAACUUGCGCUUUAUUUGGAGUUCUGGAAUUUUCAUUUUGGUAAUUUACCUAUCCAGAGCAACAGUGAAGCUAAUGACCCUGAAGUGCUGACCGGAGCUGCAGAUAUCAUUAGUUCUUCUAACACUCAAAGCUCUGCUGCGACUGCUGAACAGUGAGCUUGAAAGCACCCGCCCAGAAUUGAUGUGCCAGAUUGGCAAUUGACUUGAAGUGUAUAAUUAUAAAAGGAGUUUUUAUGUAGUAUUCUGGGUAGAUACUGAUUGUACAUAUUGUUUACUAUAUCCAGAAACGAACUGGUAAAUGCUCAUUUGUCUUUUAGUUUCCUUAGCUUGUAUUAGGCUUUCCUGUUCCGUUCUCUACGAGAUUGUCAAAUAACACUAAUACUCAAUUAGCAUGUUACCUAGAAAGACAAAAGUACAUCUAAAUUAUCUGAGGAAGAUAAGUAGCUUGCUCCGAGUAACAAUUUAUUCUCCUUCCAAUUUAUUUGAAAUUUUAUUUUUAGUACAAUUUGAAAUACAAAUGAAAAUUAUGGGACAGAUGGAAUACGGAUUGAUUUGUUAUUCUUGAGUACGGAGCAAACCUUAUUUGCUCAUCCCCG